UCCCACUCUCGCGCACAGAGAAGAGAAGACUGCACACAUGGCAUCCAGUUCCACCAUACGUUAUUUCUUAAACCAAGGGCCUUCCCUCUGGUUGCUGGUUCUGGUUUGGACUGUGAUCUUUUCUCUCACAGAGAGUGCUAUCACCAUUCAACUCAAGGGGGAGGCUGGUGGAAAUGUGACCUUUAAAUGCCCAGUUGACAAUAAACGGACAGUUAGUUGGUUCUACUUUCAACGUGGUGACGUGUUCCUGAACGGCUACCAUGCAUCAAGAACAAUCCCGAAUCCAAUAUUGGAGAACACAAGACUGGAGCCCAACAGCACACAUGUGCACAUGUUCAGGCUUAACAUCUCAGACAGUGGGAUGUAUCGAUGCAUCAUUCAAUACAAUGAUAUCAUCACUGAAGAUAAAAUCCAACUCACUGUCACAGCCCCCUACAGCAAACCCACUGCGACAAAAUCCUGUGAUGAUGUCCGUUGUUUGGUGACAUGUGCUUCAUAUGGCGGGUACCCAGGGAUCAAGGUGGAGUGGAUAAUACCUGGGUCUAGAAAUACCAACAGUCCGCCAUGGAAGGUUGAAAACAACACUCAGGUGUCCCACCAAAGCACGAUGUUGGUCGACAGCAGCAGCACUGUGAAUUUCAACUGCUCCAACGGAGAGCUGAAGAAUCUCAGCUGCUCUGUUGGCAAUGUUACCUCCGACUUGUUCUCAGUGUGUAACCCCGAGGUUAAACCUAACUCUUACACUCCUCUCAAAAUAGCAGCUCCCUGUGUAGUGCUGCUUUUGAUUGUGAUUGCGGUGGUACUGUGUUGUUGGCACAAGAAAGGACAAACAGGAAAAGAUUGCAGAGAAAAUGGAAAUAAGGAGGAGUUAAAAUACCUCAAAGAACUCUGUAAGAAGGAAGGAGAAAAAGAAGAUCCAGUAGAUGACUUUAACGCACCUUGA